ACUAAUCACAGAACAGAAAGAAUGAAUAACUAUAACAACAUACAAGAGGUAUGGGGUAAGUCAAUGAGUGUCCAAACAAGGAGCGGAGCACAUCCUCAACACAGGGAGAUACAGGGCAAGCAGAAACACAAGUUUAACACAGGUUACACAGGGACACAACACGUUACAGUGCCAGAGCGGUGUUUCUGUGUUAUUAGUUAGGUGUCUGUUAAAGAGAUUCUUCAUGUCAAUUAUAUUCUUCAAAUGAUCUGUAGAUUUUUAUGAUAAUUUAUUCAAUCGAGCUGAAUUAUCAGAAAUCUUGUGAUCAUCAGAGAUGGCAAAGUCUGCAGGUACCAAGGAUUCUAAUGAACUGGCACGUCUUUUGAAAACAUAUGUAGAGAAAUUAGAGAACCUGUGUCGUCUUUGCAACAUCAACCCAAAACGUGGCUUCUCCAAAAAAAAUAAAGCAAUGAAAAGAAUAGCAGAAUCACUGCUUAAAGUCCAUCAUGAGAAAAGUGAUUCCUCCGAUGUCUCAACAAUACACGACAUCAUAAAAUCAGGAACAGCAUUGAUUGAAAACACAAUCGAGAUGUUGGAAGAGGAUCUAGAUCCGGUUCAACCGUGUUCCAUGAGUGUGCAUGAACCGGGCAUAAAUAUAGAAGUUAUCCAGAGCCAAGUUCCAGAAUUAAACAAGCACUACAGAGAACUUUUUCCAGGAGAAUCAAAGCAACAUCUUAACAUUUUUGAACUACUUAAAGAAAUCAGUAAAACGCUGGACGUCUUUCUCGGGUGUAAAAAAGUGUGGUCAGAGAGGACUGAUGCCUGGCCCAGCAUGUCAGACCGUAGACAUGACACACCCUGCAUAGACAGCCAGCCUGUUACAGCUUCAACUACUCACUGUGUUGAAUUCCCCUUCGAUUGUAAGAGCUGUUGUGAGUUAAAGGAUUCAUCUAAAUGGAUACUGAUUGAACCCUUGGAGAUCUCAGAUGAUGCACAUGAGAUGAUGUACAGAAUGAAUUUGGAAUCAGGCUGUUAUGAGUGCAUGAGAACCGGUCUUCGUGUUGAAUGUUUUGGUGAUGUUCAGCUGAAGUAUCAAACAUGUGACUGGGAUCGUGUUCGUGAUGAUCCAGUAAUGGAGAAUUAUUCACCCUGUGGUUCAUUGAUGAAUGUUAAAGUCAUCUCAGGAGAACUGAAGGCUGUCUAUCUACCUCACUUUCUGUGUUUAGGUGGAUCUAUUGAUGAGGAUAAAGUGAAAGUUCUUCAUGUUAAAGACAGUGGAGUUUCACUGGAGAAAUGUGAAUUAACUCGAUUUCAUGCCAAGCUUCUGGAUAACAACUUUUCUGUAAAAGGUCUUGUUGUGCGGAUGGGCUUUCCUGUGAAUAUUCAAUGUCAAACACUGAUCUAUCAGACUGGAAAAACUCAUCUGACGCUUCACGUCUACCUGAUUCCAAAUGAUGAUAAAUUGAAAGAGGCUGUUAAGAAAGAAGAGAGUACAAAUAUGUUAAUCAAAAAGCCGAAACCUGUAAACCCCCUUCCGAUGAACAGCUGGUUUACACUUACACCACCGACGGAAUCUGAGAUUCAUUAUCAAAUCAAACCUAAGAGUUUAAAGCUCGAUUACAGUACGGAUUUCUUUGAAGUAUUCGUUGAAUCUCCAAAAAAGGACUUCUCUCUCCAGCUAAAGCCUAAGGAAAAGGAUGAAGAAGUUGUAUGGGAUGUCAGUAUACGUAAGGGGGAUUACAAGCAGAUCGCUUCUACAGUUGAUGGACACACAUCAGCUCGUUUAACUGGAACAGAAUCUGUGUCUGAUAUCCUCCUGGAGUGUCUUGAAGAGCUGGAAUCUAAGGAAUGGGACAAAUUUAAAUGGAAUUUGACUAAAGACUCAUUUCAGGGGAAAGACAAAAUUCCCAGAAGCAAACUGGAGGACAAAGAAAUAUGGGAUAUUGUGACAUGUAUGAUUGAACAUUAUCAAGUUGAUGGUGCUGUUGAAGUUACUCUGAUGGUUUUAAAAAUGAUGAAACAAAACCAUCUUGCACAACAAUUGCAGGAGAAGUAUAGACAGUUUAAACAAGCGGCGUUCAUGGUCAACACGUAACUUCCGGGUAACUCCGCUAC